AUGUCGCCAACCUUGCUGCCUUUGUUGCUGCUACUUUUCCUGCCCCACCGAGCCCUUUGUAGUCAGGAAACUUCAGAGGGCCUGCAGGGCCUCCACAUGCUCCACUUCUCCUACUUCCGCAAUCCCAACCACGUGUGGUACCAGGGCAACGCGUCGCUGGGGGGGCACCUGACUCACAAGCUGGAAGGCCUCGGCACCAACGCCACUUUCCUCCAGCUGCAGCCCCUGCAGGAUCCCGAGAGCUGGGCGUUCACCGAGAAGCUCCUGCAGCAGUACCUGAAGCGCUUCCAUGGCCUCGUGAUGCUGGUGCAUCGGGAGCGGCAUGUGGCCUUUCCUUUAACGAUCCGCUGCUACGCGGGCUGCGAGCUGCUACCAGAGGACUCCAAGGCCCGCGUCUUCUUUAAUGUGGCUGUGAAUGGGAGCUCCUUCAUGAUUUUCCAGCCAGAGACGGCCCUGUGGGUGGCUGGCUCCGCGAACCCUUCCCAGGUGGCCACCUACACCAUGAAGCAGCUCAAUACCUACAACCAGACUCGGUACGAACUGCGAGAGUUCCUGGAGGACACGUGUGUGCAGUACGUGCACAAGCACUUGGCUGGGGGAAAUCUGAAAGGGAGCCAAACGGGGCGCUCCUAUACUUCGCUAGUCCUGGGCGUGCUGGUGGGCAGUUUCAUCAUCGCUGGCGUGGCCAUGGGCAUCUUCCUGUGCACAGGUGGACGGCGGCGCUGCUAG